CGGUACAUGGCCGUCGCUCUUAACAACAUAGGCGCAUGUUUGCCCGUUAUAUUCUUAUUAUUGCCGUGGAAGAGGACAUGAACGUGAUGAUAGGGAGAAUUGAUGCACCGCGCCAAUUAUAGCUUUUACUUUUACUAGGGAAGUACUUUUACUUUAUGGCGCAUUUCAUUUGAGCCAACCGUUCCCCUCUCUCUCUCUCUCUCGUCACUGGCUGAGGAGCGAGGACAGAUGAGGAGGAGAAAGGACAGAAGCACAAAGCGGACACAAGCACAAGCACAAAGCACAGCCGCCUGCAGCUCUCCCCUCUCCCCGGGCUGCGAUUUGGGGCAGCAGAAAAAGAAAGAAUGCGUGGAAUCUGCAUCUUCAAGUCCAAGCUUGCGUUUCUCCUGCUCUGCGUCUGGAUGCUGCUGGGGGCCGUAUCCGCCGCAAAGAUCCAUGGGAACCCGGCCAAUGACCUUGUGGCGCUGAUCAACGGCAAGAGGGCGGCGAGCAAGCUGCCCGCCCUGCGCAACAGCGCCGGCCUGGGGUGCAUGGCGCUCCAGUACAUCUCCGAGUGCAUGGCCACCGCCGCCGCCGCCUGCAGCAGCGACAACACGGUGGCGUGCCGGCCCCCGGAGGCCCACAUCACGGAGGUGUACGCCGCCAACUGCGGCGUGGAGCUCCCCACGGUGGACGUCAUCUCCGGCCGCCUCGUCGGCUGCCACCGGGAGCGCGCCGGCCCGGAGGACGCGUUGCAGGCCUUGCUGGCCUCAGCCGCCGGCAACACCACCAAUGCCACCGAGAUUCUUGGCAAGGAGCACACCCAGGUGGGCGCCGGCUUCGACCGGGCGCACCGCCGCGGGCCCUUCUUCUGGUGCCUCCUCUUCAGCAGCGGCAGCGCCAACUCCACCUUCCUGCUGGAGGCCGGCGGCAAGGGCAUCCGGCAGACCCACGGCUGCUUCAGCGCUCCAGAUCGGACCUCGUGCAACGCCGCGCCGCGGCUCGCCGGCGCGGCGGCUGCACUCCCCCUUCUCCUCUUCCUUCUUCUCUCCUCCUAGUAAGUAGUAACAAGGAAGGAAGAAAGAGCCUUGAUAUGAUGCUCAUGUAUGGGCAAGGUCAUGUGAACCAAACCAACCAACAUUGGCACGCCGGACUGAUUGAUUUCCUAUCUAUCCUCCUAGACAGAAUGAA